AUGUUUAGUCUGAAGAUAGGAUACGUUGCCUCUCCAAAAGAAAGCAUUGAAGAGAACAUGCCUUCAUUUGAUACCUUUAAUGAGAGAAUGAUAGAGCAUUUAGUGACUAUAGAACUAGGAACCCUUGGGAAUGUCCAUAGUUCCAGCUAUCUGAGAUCAUCAAAAUGCAGAAAUGGUCCUCCUUUGCAGCCUCAGGAAACUCCAACUUCUCACUCAUGGAGAUCUUACAUAAUGCCAACUGCUGUACUUUGUGGAUUUGCUGGGGCUGCAUUUAUUCUCCACUAUAAUGAUGAGAGGAGAGCAAUUCUUAAAGGUGCCGGUACUGUUUAUCUUUAA